AGAGUCCAGGGAAAACCCUCUCAGCUCACUAAAUAAACACCCCCCACUUCGAUCCCGUCUCCCUCCCCCCCAAAAAAAUAUCUCCGGUCAGCGGCGAGGAGGGAGAAAAACCCUAACCCUAGGCGAUGGGGUCAAAGCCAUGGAUGGUGCCAGCCCCGAGAUACAGGGCGACGGAGUCACGGUGGGACUCCGACGACGACUGGCGCGGCCCGCGCUGGCGCACCACACGCGUGACGGUGGUGGCCCCACCAAGAACCACGGCCACGAGGCUCAUCCUCUUCGGCGGCGCCACCGCCAUCGAGGGCGGCCCUUCCGGAAUCAGGCUGGAUGGAGUGACGAAUUCGGUGCACUCGUAUGACGUUGAGACCAAGAAGUGGACCAGAAUACGCCCUGCUGGAGAACCGCCAUCCCUUCGGGCUGCCCAUGCUGCAGCAGCAGUGGGCACUAUGGUUGUAUUUCAGGGUGGCAUAGGCCCUGCCGGACAUUCGACUGAUGACCUCUAUGUGUUAGAUUUGACGAACGAUAAAUAUAAGUGGCAUAGGUUGGUGGUUCAAGGGGAUGGUCCAGGACCUCGCUAUGGCCAUGCCAUGGAUUUGGUUGCUCAGCGUUAUCUUGUGUCAGUAAGUGGGAACGAUGGAAAGAGGGUCCUCUCGGAUGCUUGGGCUCUGGAUACUGCACAGAAACCCUACAGAUGGCAGAAACUUAAUCCUGUUGGAGACAAACCUUCUGCUAGAAUGUAUGCAACAGCUAGUGCACGUUCAGAUGGGAUGCUCUUGCUAUGUGGUGGGAGAGACAUUUCUGGAACACCACUAGCAGAUGCUUAUGGGCUACUCAUGCAUACCAAUGGUCAGUGGGAAUGGACUCUAGCUCCUGGUGUAUCCCCCUCACCAAGAUAUCAGCAUGCAGCGGUCUUUGUCGGCGCGCGGUUGCAUGUAACUGGAGGUGUUCUUAGAGGGGGAAGAAGUAUUGAAGGUGAAGGUGCAGUUGCAGUUCUGGAUACUGCUGCUGGGGUAUGGUUGGAUAAGAAUGGAAUUGUUACCACUUCAUCCCGGUCGAACAAGUCUUCUGCUAAUGAUCGUGAUGCUUCUUUUGAGCUUCUCCGUCGUUGCCGCCAUGCGGUUGCCUCCGUUGGGUCUCAGAUAUAUGUACAUGGUGGUCUCAGAGGAGAUAUUCUACUCGAUGAUUUUCUUGUGGCGGAAAAUGCACCUUUCCAAUCUGAAAUUGAUUCCUCCAUGUACAGUAUUAACAGUACCCCAUCUGCGACAAAUCACAAGCUUGAGCAACCAUCUUUGGAUAGUAUACCAGAGAGAGGCUCAUCUGGUGGUUCAAGCUUGGACCAGAAGUCAAUUGACAAACUAGUUCAGGCUUCUACUGCUGAAGCCGAGGCUGCAAGUGCAGUUUGGCAAGCGGCAAGAGAAGCAUCAGAAAAAGGUCUUUCAGAUGAUAACGAAGCUUCUCCUCAAGCCUAUGAAAAAUCGGAGACCUCAGAUAUUAACGAUGGACUUGAACGUGAUGUUAGAUUGCAUCCUCGAGCGGUAGUGGUGGCUAAAGAGGCUGUUGGUAAUCUGGGAGGUCUAGUACGGCAACUUUCUUUAGAACAAUUUGAAAAUGAGGGUAGAAGAGUGAAUCCUGCAAACGGUGACCAAGUUUAUCCACCUAAGAAGUUCUUGAAUAGGCAGAAGUCUCCACAGGGCUUACAUAAAAAGAUUAUCUCCUUCCUACUCAGGCCAAGAAACUGGAAAAGUCCUGCAAACAGAAGCUUUUUCCUUGAUGCAUAUGAAGUUGGUGAGCUUUGUUAUGCUGCUGAGCAGAUUUUUAUGCAGGAGCCCACCGUUCUACAACUGAAAGCACCUGUAAAAGUAUUUGGUGAUCUUCAUGGUCAGUUUGGUGAUCUUAUGCGUCUAUUUGAUGAGUACGGUUUCCCAUCAACAGCUGGUGAUAUUACGUAUAUUGAUUAUUUGUUUUUGGGAGACUAUGUUGACCGUGGGCAACACAGCCUUGAAACAAUAACCUUGCUUCUUGCUCUUAAGAUAGAAUAUCCAGAGAAUGUCCACCUGAUCCGGGGGAACCAUGAGGCUGCUGACAUCAAUGCUCUAUUUGGUUUCCGUCUUGAAUGCAUCGAGAGAAUGGGGGAAAGCGAUGGGAUAUGGGUGUGGAACCGAUUCAAUCAACUUUUUAAUUACCUGCCUCUUGCUGCUCUAAUUGAGAAGAAAAUUAUAUGCAUGCAUGGGGGCAUAGGGAGGUCGAUAAACUCUGUUGAGCAAAUAGAGAAGCUCGAAAGACCCAUAACUAUGGAUGUUGGAUCCAUCAUCCUAAUGGACCUUCUAUGGUCAGACCCCACAGAAAAUGAUAGUAUAGAGGGAUUGAGACCAAACGCCAGAGGACCUGGUUUAGUCACAUUUGGGCCUGACAGGGUUACUGAUUUCUGUAAGAGGAACAAACUGCAACUUAUAAUUCGAGCUCAUGAAUGUGUGAUGGAUGGAUUUGAACGGUUUGCACAAGGGCAGCUAAUUACCCUGUUUUCAGCAACUAAUUACUGCGGGACUGCAAAUAAUGCUGGGGCAAUACUGGUGGUUGGUAGGGGCUUAGUCAUUGUUCCAAAGUUGAUUCAUCCACUCCCUCCACCCCUACACUCACCAGAGUCAUCACCGGAGCGUGUUUCGGAUGACACGUGGAUGCAGGAGCUCAACACUCAAAGACCACCUACUCCUACUCGAGGAAGACCACAAUCUGCUAGUGAUCGGAAUUCUCUUGCAUAUAUAUAGUUGUCUUUUGCACAGCGGAAAUUCUUCAUAUCUGCAUCAAAAUGCUUUUUAUAACCUUGAAGGUGCUCAAGCUCUUCAAGUCAAAUCCUGACCCUGCAUCUCUUAGGGUCCAAGAAUCAGGCUUCGGUGCCAGCAUCACGUGUUGUGAAAUUCUCAGCCUGCACCCUUCCAUGACUAAAGGAGUUCGGUACUUAGAAGUUUCACUUUGUGUUUAUAGUGUACAUGAUUAAGGUAAUAACAACAUUAUAUUGUAAUAUUUGGGUCUCAUCCUGUUGUAUAUGCCCAGUGUAUGCGUCUAGGGAUAUAUAUUGUAACCUAGUUUUGAUGGAAUAUAGGGUCAUACAGUUCUCUUUUCCCUGAUUUGAUGUAUUUGGUUAUAAUAAGUUGACAAUGUUUUUCUUGUAGAAGUCAAUAUUAUUUGUGUAUGCAUGCGCAGGUUUUUCUCAA